AUGUAACCAAUUAUCAUCAUUGACUCAAAUUCCGUUUACGAUUGCAGAACUCACAGUUUAAUUAAAUCAUGCAAAUUCGAUAUCAAUGUCAUAUUGGGCUCUUUCAGUAAAACAAUACCAAAAGAUUAAUGGUAGACAAAAAUUAAAACUAUUUCUUUGCUCCUUUUAACUAGAUUUCCAUAAGAAAUCCCAAAAAUAUUUUAGAUACUUGAGGUCUAAGGCAGCAAAACAGAUUUCAUAAAAGAAGUCUAUUCAUAAGAAGAAAUCCAAAAUAUAUUGUAAUUAAUACUAGAAAAUAACGAAAAAAGGUAAUUACCAUAAAAUGAUUAAAAAGUUCAAAAUGAUUCGGCUGAAUUUGAGAAAGGAUUUAUAAAAAAUAAUAUUCCAACACAAAACAUUCCAUAAUUAUCAGAAGAUCUAUAAAGAAAUAUUCCCCUGACUAUAGGAAUCAGUAUAAGUAAUUUGGUUGAAAAUUUGAAAGGAUUUUGCAUUAAGUAUCCUUGGUGGAAUCAAUUUUAUAAGAGAAUUUCAUAAACUAGCAAUGAAACUGAUGCUGAAAACAUUCUUUUUGAAAUAGCCCCAAUUUUAGUCCAAAGAUUACAUGAUCUAAGAAACCAAUCCUAAUUCUAGAAUCAAGAUAAUUCAAUAAAUUAAUAGAAUAGACAGAUGGAAUUUUCAAAAUGCCAAAUGGAAUAGAUAUGUCAAAGAUUGUUAGAAUUAAUUAAUUGUAAUGAUUUGGAUAUUGAAUUUACAGAUGUAAAUAUAUUAGAAGCUGCUGAUGAGCAAUUUUUGGAAUUUCUAUCCAUUCUUUUUUAAGUGCAGAAACAAAUGAUGAAAAUAAAUGCAACCAUUGAAUUAAAUGAUAAUGAAGCUACUUUCUCACUCACAGGAGUCAUAAAAAGAUUUCACAAUUAUUCUUAAAAUCAAUUAUUAGCUUAAUCACACAUGUUUGCAAUUUAAUUGCUUGAAAAUAUAAGAAGAUAAACUUAAAUUACUUAAAGCACUUUUGAAAUUGUUGCAUCUAUCUUAAAGUAAUUGAUGCCUGAUGAUAAUGAACCAUUAAUGCGGAUGCUAGCUGAUCGUAUUGAAUUUAAUAAAUAACUAAGGGAUAAGAGAAAGAUGGCCAAAGAUAUGAAACAAUAAGUAUAAUAAUAAUAAAUGAACUAUUCAGGAAUUAACUCAAAUCAUAACAAAAAGUAAAAAACUAAUCCUUCUAAACAAAAAUAAUUAGAUGACUAUUUAAAAUUAGAAAUAGCUAGAAAUCAACAAAAAGAAGAAUAUUUUCCUAAUAAGAAAGUAAAAAAAGUCACUAAAACAAUUACAGUAGAUACAUCAGAUGAAUCUUACCAAUCAUCCUUCUCCUUCAAAGGCGAAGAAAAACCAUAACAAGAAUAGAAACCAACUUACUUUCCAAAAUUGGGGCAAUCCUACUAGUACCCAUCAGUGAUGUAUCCAUAUUAUAAUCCUUAUUGUUGGUAAUAUCCAUAUUAGUAGCCACUUCAGCAUCAAAAUUAAUUUAAUGAAUAACAAUUAUCAUAAAUUUUCAAUAUGGGUUUGGAAGCAUAUAAUGAUAGAAUUCUUCGAGAUUGA